AGUUGGCUACGUAGUUGGGUUUGUGGAUAGUCAGGUUUAUGUUUCAGACCUAAUAUGAGUGCACCGAUUGUAAAAACGAAAUAUGGGAUUUUGAAAGGUACCGUUGUACAAAAUGUAGAAGGUGGAAAGUACUUGGCUUUCAAUGGUAUUCCCUAUGCUGAGCCACCAGUUGGCCAACUUAGGUUCAAGGAACCCCAACCUCCAAAAGCAUGGUCAGGCAUCAGGGAUGCUCAGAAAGAAGGUUCUGCAGCAAUACAAUUAAAUAUACUGAGUUCUACUAAUGAAAUAACUGGGAGUGAAGAUUGUCUCUAUUUGAAUGUUUCUACUAAUUCACUGUCUGGUAAACGGGCUGUUAUAGUAUGGAUACAUGGAGGCGGUUUCUGGACAGGCUGUGGAAGUAAUGACUUCUACGGUCCGGACUAUCUACUUAAACAUGAUGUAGUUGUCGUAUCCAUUAACUAUAGACUUCAUAUAUUUGGCUUCCUGAACGUGGACGACAAGGAUGCUGCAGGUAAUCAAGGUUUAAAAGAUCAAGUUGCUGCGUUGAAAUGGGUCCAGGAAAAUAUAGAAGUAUUUGGGGGCGAUUCGCGAAACGUAACUAUCUGUGGACAAAGUGCUGGUUCUGCUUGUGUCCAUUACUUGACAAUGUCGCCAUUAGCCAAAGGAUUAUUUCACAAGGCUAUUGGUCAGAGUGGUUGCGCUCUGAACAACUGGGCCUAUACCACGAACAAUAAAGAGGAUGUCUUACAUUUAGUUAAAAUAUUAGGACUUGAAACUACAGAUACUAAGAAAGCUGUGCAGCUUCUGCAAACAGUCGAUGCAGUAACAAUGUUGGAGGCAUUGAUUAAGCUUGUCGGAGGACCAGCAAUGAUGUUCUCCAAGAUUAUAUUUAAACCAUCGUUGGAUGAAAAAAGUGAAAAUUGCUUUCUGCCUCAGCCACCUAAUGAAAUGGCGAUGAAAGGAAUUGAAGUUCCUAGUAUCAUCGGAUAUGAUAGCCACGAAGGAAUUCUAUUUCUUCGAGAAGCUACGGAUGAGACAUUAAGUGCAGUCGAAAAGGAUUUUGAUGAAUUGUUCGAUAGACUUAUUUUCAAUCAGAAUCUUAAAAAAACGGAUGAUAUCAUAAAAAUCGUUAGAAAAUACUACUUUGGUGACGACCCAAUUACAUUGGCGCAAUUUCAAAAUUACUUGCGCAUUACAGGCGACAUGCGCAUUGUGAAUGGAAUUCGAAGAUUAGUAGGUUUUCAAUUGGAGAAACGAGUACCGAUGUAUUUCUAUAUUUUUUCUGCUCAAGUUGAAAAAUCGUGGACAAAAUUUUGGCUCAAAUACAGUGGAGAAGGUACAUGUCAUGGAGAAGAAAUCGACUGUAUAUUCUACAAUCGUGCAUUCAGUUCCAAAUUGGAACCGAAUUCUAAAAAUCGUGUAUCGAUGAAUCGUCUCACCAGGCUGUGGACGAACUUUGCCAAAACUGGAGAUCCAACGCCAAAUCUCGACAACGUGAUAACUAAGAAAUGGCUACCAGUAACUAAGCAAGAAGUCAAUUACCUAGAAAUUAAAGAAGAUCUUAUAACCGGAGUCAAUCCGGAUCAAGAUAAAUGGCAGUUUUUGAAAAGUAUAUAUGACUCUGCUUAAAUUUUUCGUUCUCAACCUUAUAAAUGCUAUGAUGCGCGAUAUAAUUAAUUUCCAUAGUGUACGAAUGAUAGAAGGAUUAUAACACUUCAUAAUUCAUAAAUGUGAAUUUCAUUAGAGUCGACACCGUAACGUAGUCGUGUCGAUUAAAUUAUUAUUCCUUACAUCGAAUUAUGAUUUAUAUACUGAAGUUAACUACGUUUUAAUUUGUGGUUUUUGUAACUAUUCCCGGUUCUUACAUAUAAAGUAUUAAAUGCAUUAUUUUAUAAAGCUUUUUAAUAUCA